GUGUCACUCGGUCAGCUGAUUGCGGUCGUAAAGCUCCGGCUAGUGCCGUUAGCCUGUUAGCUUAGCCUAGCUGGGUGUUUGUUGUUGUUGUUGGCGGGUCGCUGUUCGCGCUAGCCCCAAACUUUUACAAAGUGCCAGUCCUCGGACGCAUUUUCAAACGCCCCGGGGUGCGUACCGGUCCGUACCGCGGUGUUCCGUCGCCGUCCGCGGGGCUUGAGUCGGUGGGAGGGCAGGGUGAAGCCGCUCCGUGUGCACCGCAGCCCGGCGCCGCUGAUGGAAUUCAGACACACAACAAUGGCGACUCCCGGUCCCAACAGCCCCACAGCACCGAACAGCGGCGGCAGCAGCGCGGGCUCCGCCGCCCACCACCUCCACCAGUCCCAGAGCCAGCACAUCACCACCAUGAGCAGCAUGCAGGAGUCCAACACCUGCUGGAGAUGUCAGAGUGAAACAGGCUUUCAGAUAAACCUGUCUGGAGCUCCCCCAAGUAAACGCAAAGCCCUCAAGCUGAACUUCGCCAAACCCACGGCGAGAUUCGCACUGAACACGGCAGGACCGCCGUUCCAGAACCCCCACAUAGAACGUCUGAGGACUCACAGUAUCGAGUCUUCGGGGAAGUUGAAGAUCUCUCCGGAGCAGCACUGGGACUUCACGGCCGAGGAUCUGAAAGACCUGGGUGAGAUCGGCCGGGGGGCGUACGGCUCCGUCAACAAGAUGGUGCACAAGCCCAGCAACCAGAUCAUGGCGGUCAAGAGAAUCCGCUCGACGGUGGAUGAAAAGGAGCAGAAGCAGCUGCUGAUGGACUUGGACGUGGUCAUGAGGAGUAGUGACUGUCCUUACAUCGUCCAGUUUUACGGUGCUCUUUUCAGAGAGGGCGACUGUUGGAUUUGUAUGGAACUUAUGGCUACCUCUUUAGACAAAUUCUACAAGUUUGUAUAUUGUUCGUUAGGCGACGUGAUUCCAGAAGAAAUAUUAGGAAAAAUCACAUUAGCUACUGUGAAAGCUCUUAACCACUUAAAAGAAAACUUGAAAAUCAUCCACAGAGACAUUAAGCCGUCGAACAUCCUCCUGGAUCGGAACGGAAACAUAAAGCUGUGUGACUUCGGCAUCAGCGGUCAGCUGGUCGACUCCAUCGCCAAAACCAGAGACGCCGGAUGCAGACCCUACAUGGCGCCAGAGAGAAUAGACCCCAGCGCGUCCAGACAAGGAUACGACGUACGCUCCGACGUCUGGAGUUUGGGAAUCACACUGUACGAGCUGGCGACCGGUCGGUUUCCGUACCCGAAGUGGAACAGCGUGUUUGAUCAGCUGACUCAGGUGGUGAGAGGAGAUCCACCGCAACUCAGCAACUCAGACGAGAGACGAUUCUCCCCCAAGUUCAUCUCCUUUGUCAACGUGUGCCUUACAAAGGAUGAGUCAAAAAGGCCAAAGUACAAAGAGCUGCUGAGGGACCCGUUCAUCCAGAUGUACGAGGAACGCUCCGUCGACGUAGCCGGUUACGUUUGCAGGAUCCUGGACCAGAUGCCCCCGUCUCCCAGCUCACCCAUGUAUAUGGACUGAUGAGGAAGUUCAAGCCAAAAAAAAACAGAAAACAAAAAAAGCCCACACCACAACCUGUCUGCUACAGCAACAAGAACAAAAGACGACAAAGAAGCAGUCCUCCUGUAAAUUAGCUUGGUCCCCUUCUUCUUGCAGUGUUAAAGAGAAUUUUAAAGCCUAAAAAAACCACCAGGAAAGGCGGUGUUCGUUUCAGUCAUGUCUGUAAAAUAUAUUCAAGUUAACGCACUUCUGUUUCUCUAGUUCACAAACGCACACAGCGAGUAUAAAAGCAGCUGAAACAGUCGAUCGUAGUCUUGACUCAUGUCGAGGUGCAUCUCAGUGAUUAAACAGGAAAAAAAAA